AUGAUCACUGGCAUCAUUUCACUUUGAACACUAGGAUCCCUGCCUAUCAUUAUGCUUGGACCUGGCCCCAGAACUGGCAAUCGUCUAAGUUGAGAACAGGAGAUGGAGAAAACAAAUGGAGGAGAGGCCAUUACUCUGUCCACAGAGGAGACGGGCAGAGAGAACCUGGGGCUGGAGCUCACGGAAGAAGGAAUAAAUCCUGAGGGAACCAGGAGGACUGAAGACCAAGGACACAGCCUUGAGGAUGGGCUUGGGCCUUCCACUCGCCAGAGGAGGAUCCUACAACCUUACACCAGGGCAAGAAGUUUCUGCAAAACACAUGCCGGCUUGUUCAAGAAGAUCCUGCUGAGCCUGUUGUGUUUGGCUUAUGCUGCCUACUUCCUGGCAGCUUGCAUCUUGGAUUUCCAGAGGGCACUGGCCUUGUUCGUCCUCACCUGUUUGGUGCUCUUCGUCCUGGUUUGCCACAUUCUGAAAAAGUUCUUUGGUGAAAAAUUAACAGCAUGUCUGAAGCCCUUUAAAAGCUCCUGCCUGAAGCUUUGGAUGAAAUGGGUGUUUGCAGGAGUCUCCUUGGUCGGCCUUAUCCUGUGGCUGGCUCUAGACACAGCCCAAAGGCCAGAGCAGCUGAUCUCCUUCGCAGGAAUCUGCAUGUUUGUCCUCAUCCUCUUUGCCUGCUCCAAACACCACAGUGCAGUGUCCUGGAGGACAGUGCUUUGGGGUCUGGGUCUUCAGUUUGUCUUUGGGAUCUUGGUCAUCAGAACUGAUCCUGGAUUUAAUGCAUUUCAAUGGCUGGGAGACCAGAUUCAGAUUUUCCUGAACUACACUGUGGCUGGCUCCAGUUUUGUCUUUGGGGAUACGCUGAUCAAGAAUGUCUUUGCUUUUCAGUCCUUACCGAUCAUCCUUUUCUUUGGAUGCAUGAUGUCCAUUCUCUACUACCUGGGCCUUGUGCAGUGGAUAGUUCAGAAGAUCGCCUGGUUUUUGCAAGUCACCAUGGGCACCACCCCCACAGAGACCCUGGCUGUGGCAGGAAACAUCUUUGUGGGUAUGACAGAGGCACCUCUGCUCAUUCGACCAUACCUUGCAGAUAUGACGCUCUCCGAAAUCCAUGCUGUGAUGACUGGAGGGUUUGCCACCAUUUCGGGCACUGUGUUGGGAAGCUUCAUAUCCUUCGGGAUUGACGUGUCAUCCUUGAUUUCUGCCUCUGUGAUGGCUGCCCCUUCUGCUCUUGCCUUGUCAAAGCUCGUGUAUCCAGAAGUGGAGGAGUCCAAGUUCAAGAAUGAGGAGGGGGUAAAAUUGCCCCGUGGGAAAGAGAAGAAUAUCUUGGAAGCUGCCAGCAGUGGAGCCACAGAUGCCAUAGGCCUUGCUGCUAAUGUAGCAGCCAAUCUGAUUGCCUUUUUGGCUGUGUUGGCCUUCAUCAAUGCUGCUCUCUCCUGGCUAGGGGAACUGGUAGACAUACAGGGACUCACUUUCCAGGUCAUCUGCUCCUAUAUCCUAAGGCCCAUGGUUUUCAUGAUGGGUGUAGAGUGGGCAGAUUGCCCAAUAGUGGCUGAGAUGGUGGGGAUCAAGUUCUUCACAAAUGAGUUUGUGGCCUAUCAGCAACUGUCUCAAUACAAGAACAAACGUCUCUCUGGAGUAGAAGAAUGGAUUGGGGGCGAGAAACAGUGGAUUUCUGUGAGAGCCGAAAUCAUUACAACAUUUUCACUCUGUGGAUUUGCCAAUCUUAGUUCCAUAGGAAUCACACUGGGAGGCUUGACAUCAAUUGUACCCAACCGGAAGAGUGACUUGUCCAAGGUUGUGAUCAGCGCCCUCCUCACAGGGGCCUGUGUAUCCCUUAUCAGUGCCUGUGUGGCAGGAAUCCUCUACGUCCCCAGGGGAGCUGAAACUGACUGUGUCUCCUUCCUAAACACAGUUUUCACCAAUAGAACCUAUGAGACCUAUGUGUGCUGCAGAGAGCUCUUUCAGAGUACUUCUCUGAAUGGCACCGACUCUCCUUCUUUUUCCAGUCCCUGGGAAGAUAAAGAGUUCAGCGCUCUGGCCCUUGCUAACUGCUGUGAACUCUACACCAAUGCCGUCUGUGCCUAAGGCUGGUCUGUUUCCAUAACAGUCCCAAUCUUGAUGGCUUUUAUAGGGCAAAGGUGUGUGUGUACUCAGAGUUCCCACUCUACAACUAACUCACUGUGAUCUUUAACAGCGAAUGUAAAUAUUUCAUUUGGUUCACUGUAUGCUGAUAAUGAAAAGUAGCAUUUGUCUUUCCAUUAUUUGGCUGAACCAUAUAGGAAAUUCUUUAUGGGAUCUGUCUGAGCUUAGACUUGAAAUAAUAAUCACUACAAUAUAAAAAAAAAUCUUGCAAAUCUUGCUUCUAGUUGCCAUCUUAAAAAUUAUGUGAUGCAGUGUGCUAUAAAUGUGAUUUGGUAUGUAAUGUGUACUGCGGUGAAAAGCUGUAUUUCUUGGAGUUCUGUGGUUUAGCUGGGUUUAUGGUACUAAAGGUAUAUAUGAAAGUUAUAUGAAUAUUUAACAAGACUUUUCUGGUUGUCACACACUUGUAAACCUGCAAACUCCUUAACAUCAUUACACAGCAAACAAAAAAUACUUCUGGUAUGCAAAUUUGUAAGGAAUAUCUGUUUCUUAAAGGCCCUUACUUUUUGUAUUCUUCUUUAGUGCCAUAUUUCCUUCAAGUUUACAGGAAAUCCUUUAAAACAGCAGUUUUCAGUGGGAAGGGAAAGCAGUUUUGCCUCCCAGAGCACAUUUGGUAACGUCUUGAGACAUUAUUAGUUGUCACAACUGGGGGGAUGCUACUGACAUUGCUGGGGAGAGGCCAGGAUUCCUGCUAAACAUCCUACAGUGCUCAGGUCAGCUCCCUCCAACAAAGAAUUCUCAGGGCCCCAAAUGUCAAAAGUGCUAAGGUUGAGACAUUCUGAUUUUAAGUGUUUAAUAUAUUUCUUAUAUCUAACAUUACUUAUAAUAUUAUAGCCUUAGGGAAGACUUUCAAAGGAUGUAGGGGUUCUUCAAAAAGUUAAACAAAGAAUCACCACAUGGCCUCACAAUUCACUCCUAGGUAUACACCCCAAAGAUCUGAAAACAGGUAUUCAAACAAAUACGUGUACAUGCAUAUUCAUGGAAGCAGUAGUCACAAUAGUGAAAAGGUGGAAAGAGUUCAAACGUCCAUCAAUGAAGGAAUGGAUAAACAAAUCAUGUUAUGUACAUACAAUGGAAUUUUACGCAGCCAUAAAAAUCAUAAAGUACCAAUAUAUGCUAUGCAGAGGAACCUAGAAAACAUUAUGCUAAUUCAAAGAAGCCAGACACAAAGGCUUAUUAUUGUAUGCUUCUAUUUUGUAUGAU